CAGCGCCUCUCGCCGUCAGCCGGACACAACCAGUGAGAGUGGAGCGCGCGCAGAUUGAGACGCGCGUCGGAACCCGCUCAGGUCGCCGUGAGGACUGGAGGGGGCCGGAGCUCGCCAUGGAUAAACAAGAUGAACUUUUAAAGGAGGCUGAGAAAUUGGCAAAACAUAUGUUGUCAUACCAACAUGAUCUGGCUCCAACAAUCACCAGUAAUAUAGUGUGUUCUACAGAUGCCAAAGAAGAACUCUUGGAUGAAUGUGAGGAGAUAUGGAGGCAGAUGGAAGAGUGUCAGAGCAAGCUAAUGCUGCUAGGAAUAGAAACACUUCCAGAAUCAGAUGCUCAGCUUUCCUUGUUAACGAUGCGAGUGAAGGCUUUAACAGCAGAGUAUAAUCAGUGGCAGAAACGAAGUCCUGAGAUAAUCUCCACCAAUCCAGAUGUCCUGGUAGCAUUAGGAAAGGAAGAGUUGCAGAAAGUAGACCAUGAUCUUGAAAUGGUGCUGUCUACUGUUCAGUCAAAGAAUAAAAAGCUGAAGGAAGACGUGAAAAGAGAACAGCAGUGGCUGGAUGAGCAGCAGCAAUUGGUAGAUGCUCUUGACGUAACACAUGAAGAAAUGAAAAAUCAAGUGGUACAAUUUUCUGAAAAAAGAGCUUUACAAGAAAUGAAAAGUAAAAUGCUGAAAAUAAGAGCAUAUAAGGAAGAGCUCCUGAGUGCUCUGGGGGAGUUCCUAGAAGAACAUUUUCCUCUCCCAGAAGAAGAUGAAAGUGCUAAAAAGAAGAAAAAAAGUCCAGCUGAAGAACCAACUGUACAACUGGUAACGUUACAUGAAAUUUUAGAGCGUCUUAUAAACAGAUUAAUGAGUACACCACAUGAACCAUAUUUGACAAUCAAUGAUUCCUUCUGGCCACCUUAUGUUGAACUGCUGCUGCGGUAUGGAAUUGCACUGAGACAUGCAGAGGAUCCAAGCAGAAUACGCUUAGAAGCCUUUCAUCAGUAAAGGCACCUUUGUGACUAUUUAAAAAAGAAGAAAUGUGUUGAACCAGUACUCAUACUUUAAAAAUAUAGAGGUGUGGGUGUAUGUGUGUAUUUUUAUAUAUAUAUAUAUAUAAUUUGAUAUUUUAUCAUAACUCUUUGGGUGUUAAUCUUUUCUGCUUGGACAAUAUUUUUUGACAAACCAUACCUGUUUUAAGUGCAGUUACUUAUGAAGCUUAUGAUAUGACAAAACUUUCUUUUAACUUCAGAUGAUAGCCAUUCAUCCCAUUAGUUGUUGACUUUAUGAUAUGUGUUACUGCACUGUGAAAUUAGGUAGUGCUUGUUCAGAUGGCUCAGAUAAGACUCAAAUUCAAGUUAAAGGACUAUUGUAUGCAGACAAAAUAAUGAAAGUAGUUUGUUUUUGGUUGAUUAAUUAAAAGAAAUAAUGCUUUGCA